GGCAUUCACUGCGGCAACAUGGCAGAUACAAGAGAAAAAGCGCUACAGGACUACAGGAAGAAAUUAUUGGAACAUAAAGAAGUGGACGGGCGAUUAAAAGAAUUGAGAGAGCAACUGAGAGAACAGACCAAACAGUACGAGAAGUCAGAGAACGACCUGAAGGCUCUGCAGAGCGUCGGACAGAUUGUUGGAGAGGUGCUGAAACAGCUCACUGAGGAAAAAUUCAUUGUUAAGGCCACGAACGGCCCUCGAUAUGUGGUUGGCUGUCGCAGGCAGCUGGACAAAUCCCAGCUGAAGCCCGGCACCAGGGUGGCUCUGGACAUGACCACUCUCACCAUUAUGAGGUACCUUCCCAGAGAGGUGGAUCCUCUGGUGUACAACAUGUCUCACGAGGACCCCGGCAGCGUUUCCUACUCUGAGAUCGGAGGCUUGUCUGAACAGAUCCGCGAGCUGCGAGAGGUGAUCGAGCUGCCUCUGACCAACCCCGAGCUGUUUCAGAGGGUGGGGAUCAUUCCUCCUAAAGGCUGCCUGCUCUACGGACCGCCAGGAACCGGAAAGACUCUGCUGGCCAGAGCGGUGGCCAGCCAGCUGGACUGCAACUUUCUGAAGGUGGUGUCCAGCUCCAUCGUGGACAAGUACAUCGGUGAAAGUGCCAGGCUGAUCCGGGAGAUGUUCAAUUACGCCCGAGACCACCAGCCCUGCAUCAUCUUCAUGGACGAGAUCGACGCCAUCGGGGGCCGUCGAUUCUCCGAGGGAACCUCAGCUGACAGAGAGAUCCAGAGGACUCUGAUGGAGUUGCUCAACCAGAUGGACGGUUUCGACACGUUGCACCGGGUCAAGAUGAUCAUGGCCACCAACCGGCCGGACACCCUGGACCCCGCCCUGCUGCGUCCCGGAAGACUGGACCGCAAAAUCCACAUCGAGCUGCCUAACGAGCAGGCUCGCCUGGACAUCCUGAAGAUCCACUCCAGUCCCAUCACCAAGCACGGCGAGAUCGACUUCGAAGCCAUCGUGAAGCUGUCGGACGGCUUCAACGGCGCCGACCUGAGGAACGUGUGCACAGAAGCAGGACUGUUCGCCAUCCGCUCGGACCGGGAGUACGUCACUCAGGAAGACUUCAUGAAGGCCGUGCGAAAGGUGGCCGACUCCAAGAAGCUGGAGUCCAAGCUGGACUACAAGCCCGUGUAGAGCGUCCGGGGUCAGAGGUCACCGUGUUCUCUGCCUCAGAGCCACCUUGUGUUUGUGGGGAGUAUAUUAAGUGACGGGGUCCAGUCGGUUUGUUUUAUCAUCACAAUCCUUGUAGUAAUAAAUUCUUGGUGUACUGAACGGAAAGCUCGCAGUCAGGCUGUCAUUUCGCUGCACGGCGUUUUCUAAGGUCAUGAUUCAGUCUUCAGUCAGUUCAGGAAAUAAACCAACGUUCUGCUUCUG